AUCACCGAGAUAUUCAUUAUGAGUCAGAAUAUUAUGAAAAUUUAUGAUUUUUUUUUGUUUUGGUCGGAAGUUAAUUAAGGGCUCGCAGGUACAUUACAUUGAUGCUAACAUAUUGGUUUUGCGAGAAGAGUAUGAGACGAAGAGGGGCAUUUAAAAGCGGACUGAACGUUGGUCCACGGCCAGUCACGCUUAUACAACGGACGAGAAAAUUUCUCCAGAUGCAAGACUAGAUUUAUAAAAUGCUCACCACAGCGAUGUUGUUGCUGAUAAUUAUAUUGCUGUUGUUAUAUUUAGACUGUCAAAAACCAAAAGGAUAUCCACCAGGUCCAAGAUGGUGGCCCAUUCUGGGUUCUUUACUGGAGAUAGCGCGUAUUCGUCAAGAGACCGGAUAUCUCGUCAAGACUUGUUCGGCACUCUGCAAGAAAUACGGUUCUAUUGUGGGCCUAAAGAUCGGUACAGACCGCAUCGUUGUUCUAAAUGACUUGGAAAGUAUACAGGCGAUGCUGAAUAACCCAGAUUGUGACGGCAGGCCGAACGGACCAUUUUACAAAGCCAGAACUUGGGGCCGCAGAUUAGGUCUCAUUGUGGUGGAUGGCAAAUUAUGGAUAGAGCAACGGCGAUUCGUGUUGCGACACUUACGAGAAUUUGGUUUUGGCCGGACCAGUAUGGCCACAAUCAUCGAGGACGAAGCGUUAAAGCUGAUGGAACAUUUUAAGAAACUCCUUCAAAAUAGCUAUAAUUAUGAUACUGACAUCCGAAAAACAACGAUGAAUAACAACAAUAUCGGCCAAAUAUACAAGCUUCAGAAAAAUCCGAAAAAUAAUCUCAGUAAAUCAAAGUUGCAUAAUGAGUUUAAUAAAAUCAAUGAUAAUAAACUCAAUCGUAAACCUCGUACAGUGGCGGACAUGUACGUAAAGGCCGAAAAUUAUGCUGAAGUCAGAAAAGUUUCCCAAUCUGCUGGAAUGAUAAUACCUAUGCAUGAUGCCUUUGGUGUGACCGUACUAAACACUCUUUGGAGGAUGAUGGCUGGUAAAAGAUAUGAUACUGGUGACAAGGAACUUAUUCAUUUACAACGAAUCCUUACAAAGCUUCUGAAAGAAAUCGAUAUGAUCGGUGCAAUUUUCGGUCAUUUCCCAUUCCUACGUUUUAUCGCGCCAGAAAUGUCCGGUUAUAAGGCAUUUGUAGAAACGCAUCGAGAAUUAUGGACAUUUUUAAAAGAAGAAUUAUACAAUCAUAAAAAUACAUAUAUACCAAAUUUACCGCGAGAUUUAAUGGAUGUCUAUCUAACUGUGUUAAAUUCGAAAAACUGCACCGAUACAUUUUCAGAGUCCCAGCUAUUGGCAAUCUGUGUAGAUCUCUUCAUAGCAGGUUCCGAAACAACUUCAAAAGUACUCGGUUUCGGAUUUUUAAAUCUAAUAUUAUUUCCACAUGUUCAGAAGAAGGCACACGAAGAAAUAGAUAGAGUUAUUGGCCGUGACAGAUUUCCAACAUUAGCCGACAAACCAAGUAUGCCAUAUCUUCACGCUAUCGUUCUGGAAUCCAUACGAAUGUUUGUUGGCCGCACUUUAAAUGUUCCACAUAGAGCUUUGAGAGAUACUUCUAUCGCGGGCUACAAGAUACCAAAGGACACAAUGCUCAUUGUGAAUUACAAUACAAUACUCAUGGAUGAAACCUGGGAUAAUCCGGAAGAUUUUCAACCGGAGAGAUUCCUCGACGACGACGGCAAUAUUGUUACACCAGAAAAAUAUUUUCCUUUCAGCUUUGGCAGACACCGUUGUAUGGGGGAGACAUUAGCCAGAAGUAACAUUUUCAUUAUAACGGCUACAUUGCUACAAGCAUUCACCUUUUCAGUGGUGCCUGGUGAACCACGACCAUCCACGCAAGAAUUUGUAGAUGGUGCCACCGCUGGUCCCAAACCGUACAGAGCGUUGGUUACCCUGAGAACGUAAACUAGAUAUUUGAGUGAAGCAUUAUUUUCAGAAUGAAUAGUCUCUACUUAUCUAGGUCUCUUCUCAGAUUAAACAUUCUAAAUAUAUAAGAUUAUUCUUUUUUAGUAUAUAUUUAUAUAUUUUCAAUUAUGAAUCUGAUUAUAUUGUACAGAUAAUAAGAUAAAAAAUAUAAUAUAUCAUCGAUACACAAUGUUUUGUCACAAAAAUAUAUUUUUAUUAUCAUUGUUUUAUAUAUAUAGGAAUACAGACAAAGUAUAUAUAUACAUAUAAAGAAAGCUACGCGAAAUAAAUAAUUGUUUGUACAUUAGAAGAAUAUACUUUUUAUAUCACCGUUUGUUCAUCAGAUAAACACUUCAAUCGACAUUCUUGCAUCGCACGUUUGAUAAUGAUAAUGAUUUAUUCCUAUUAUAGCAAUGCAAAUUGAAGAAUCACACUUACGUGAACCAUAAACUUUACGCGCGAAUAAAUUAGUAGUGAAUAUUAAGAAUAAGAAUAUCGAAACGCGCGAACAAUGCAGGUACAGUUUAAUUAAAUCCUCAAACUUAAAGCACGAUCUUAUAAAAAGCAAGAAACAUUUAUGCUAUUUCAGACUUAACAACGUGCCAUUGUACAACACCCAGUAAACAUUCGUGUAAACAAAAGCGUGAAUAUCAGAGACAAUUUCAUUAUAUUACCAUCCCAUUAUUUUUACACUUUAGCAAACGCCACAUAUAUUUAAAAAAAAUAUACAAAAUGCUCGAUCAUUCAUUUCUUUGUAAUAGAUUGAUUUGGACGGUAUUGAAUUAAUAACUGAUUCAUUCAAUGUAUAACAUGAUAGCAAAA